UGACGCUGUCGAUCUGUUUUUGGGAGGUCUGUCAGCUCAAUACAGGAAGAGAAAAGUUUUCCUGCCUGUUAAACAGCCUACUCUUCCCUUCGGAAACUAUUCCUGUCCAUGGCAAGUUAAGGUAGUCUGUAAUGUUAUUUGACUGGGUAAUGCACUGCAAAGAUGGAACAUUCGGACAAUCCUGCUGAAGGAGACCCUUUAAAAAGAGAAGAUGGGGCAGAGGCAGGCCCGCCUACAUCCACUACUGAACUAAAGAAGGGCUGUAAAGACUUGGGCUUUGCCAAGCUCACACACUGGCGCACAGCAGUGUUUUUCUUCUCCUUGUUCCUCUGUCUCACUGUAGUCUUUGCCUUCUCCUUCAUCAUCCCCUGUCCGGUCAGACCACAGUACCUUAUAGCAUGGAACAGGAUAUUCAAUGAAACAGCCACAUAUGACUUUCUAGCAGUUGAAGAUGCAAGCAAAGACAAGGUGAUGGAUGUGCUAUUUGUCAUCAAGAGUAGUGAAGGAAGUCAGAACAAUACUUGUGCUGGUGAAGGUCUGCCAUCUCCAUGCAUCUUUGUGUUCGCUGUUGAUGGGACAGAUGGAGAGACUCUGUGGGAGCGACCACUGGAGCCAGAGUUACACUGGGCUCAAUGUGGUCUGGAGAAAGGCCGUAGCAGGAGCUGGGACUGUCUGGUGUCGCACUCUGAUAAACUCACUGCUAUCGAUAAAUACAAAGGAGAAGUUCAGUGGCAACAGCCACACCCAGCUGGGCAGCCCAGCACUAUUCCUGUUCUGAGCCUUCCAGAUCUGGACGGGGACAAGGUCGGGGAUGUUGCUCUCAUAGCUCAUGAAUCUGAAAAUACCAAGAUAAUUUUUCUCUCAGGGAAAACUGGUUUGCAAAUUGGUUCAACAGUUCCUCUUGAUGCAACAAAAAAUGACAAUCACCUUCUCUAUCAAACCGAAGGUGGUUCCUUCUAUAUACUUCUUGAAAAAGACACAGGACUGUUUGGACUUGCACUUUGGAGAGUUGCUGCUAAAGCUAAAGCAGGAAUUGAUGCAGGUCUCACCAAAGACAAACACUGGGAGAGCAAAGCCAGUGCAAGAGGACUUGUGCACAUUUUCAAGUCUGAACAAGUAAGACAAGUGUUAAAAACAACAGAAAAAGAUGGUGCAAAUGUGCUUGUCGUGACUAAAACAGAAGUGGUACAAAUUGAUAGAAACUUGGAGAUAUUGUGGAUUUAUAAUACCAGCUCUGUCCUUGGAAUACCAUCUUUUGGCCACUUCAACAAAGAUCAAAUUCUUGAUGUUGUUAUUGAGGAGGGUAUUGGCAAUAACACAAAGAAGGUGAUCAUUUUGGAUGGGAAGUCUGGAGUUGUAGUAUGGGAAGUCACUCUUGAGGCCAGUCCAAAUUCACCACGACCUGCUUCCAUUCACACUACCAAUUCCUUCUCAGUUUUUAUGUUCUGGGGCCUUGUGCGAGCAGAGACCAACUCAUCUAUGCAAAUAACAAGCAACCGACGUGCCUACAUGCUCCAUCCGUUGUAUUCUAAAGUGCUUCUUGAGUCGCCCAAUGUUGUGGACUAUAUUAUCGCAUUCAGAGCCACAUUGUUGGAGCAUGGGCGCCACGCUGCCUACUUCACGCUCAGUGGUCCUGGGUCAGAGGGGACGGAGGGGACUGUGAUCCUCAGCAAGAGAAAACUGAAGCAGGAUGUUCCUGAGAGCCGAGUCAUUCGGAUUGGCACUGGAGGAGACACAGACACGAAUGAGAACAUCAAAGAGGCCUUCAACAGACUGCGUUUCAGUGAUGAGUGAAUAAAGCUGCAUUUGUGGUAAAUACAUAGGAUAAGAGACCGUGCAAAUAACUAUUAAAACUGCUGACAGCCAAAGAGACUUCCAAGGUACAAGGGCUUUUCCUUAUCUUACCUCGCUGCAAAAUGGGCAUUAUGUAGUUUUUGUUAUUACUUCUUCUCUGACAAUCACACCACUGAUUGCAAGAAAAAUAUAGGUCUAUUUAUAUUCUAUGUAGUUGUAUGUACUAGUCUGUUGUUCAGUCAACGUGUUUGUAUGGGGUAAAAGGUUUUUGUUACUUCUGGAUGGGAAUGUUAUGGGUGUGUUUGGUGAAAUAUAGGCUACUGUACAGUGGAAUAAUUGAUAAUAUAUAUUAUAUAAAGAGUGGAAUAUACAGAGUUUGAACUUGAGAUCAGGCCCUGCUGAGGUGGUGAACUGAGUAGCCAAAUAGCUAAUUUUGGCAAUAAAUUCAUAUGUAAUUUAAUCCAGAAUGCUGGAACUCAUGAAUGUGGACAGGUCAGACCCAAAGUUUUUUUUUAUUGCUGUGGUUUUAUUUAAAAUUUAAGUAUGUUUGAUAUGCAACAACAACAUUAAAACACAACUGAAAAUA